CGUCUCUCUUUUUAUACAAACUUUUGGGUCAAAACCUUCUUAUUUACAUACACCAAAACACCAAAUAUAUACAUACAUGUAUAUGUAUAUGUAUAUAUAAUUGACUAAAACCAAGUCUUCGAGCUACAACUCUAUUACCCUUUUGGUGUCUGAUCAUUUAAACCAAGGAUGCUAAACGUGAUACCGGAUUGGUUAAAGAUAAUCUAUGUCGUUUUCGCCUUCUGUUCUGCUUUGUUCUUUGGUGUUUUAAAAAGUUUAUUAAUCGGCCCGGUUGCUGCUUUGAUACUUAUUGCUGGAAAUGUUGGAGUAAUUAUAGGCCUAUUUCCUACUCAUGUUGCCAGGACUGUUUAUACCCUUGUCAAGAUUCCUAUAUUUGAUGCACCAUUGAAAGUAGCAAUAUUCUUUAGUUUGCCAGUUCUAUUUGCGCUUUGGUUAGGUCUAAGCAUAGGUGGCAGUGUUCUUGUUGGUAUUGGCUAUGGCUUCUUUACUCCAUUGAUUUCAUCUUUUGAAGCCUUUCGACAAGAAGACGAAUCAAACAAGUUCGUGCAUAGCAUUGUAGAUGGAACAUCGGGAACGAUUAAGGGAAGCUGCACAGUCGUACGAGAUUUUGCUGACCUUUGUUAUCAUUCUUAUCCCCUCUACUUGAAGGAGCUUCGUGAAUUAACCCCCUCUUCAGAUGGGAUUAGAACUCUUAGGUUGAUUCAUGUGCCAGCAUGCAUAGUUGUUGGAUUACUGGGAAUAAUCGUUGAUGUUCCUCUUUACACCGCCAUUGCUAUAAUAAAGAGCCCAUAUAUGCUGUUCAAAGGUUGGCAAAGAUUCAUUCAUGACCUAAUUAGUCGAGAAGGCCCGUUUCUUGAAACAGCCUGCAUACCUAUUGCGGGGUUAACAAUUCUAGUGUGGCCUAUUUUUGUUAUCGGGAGCGUCUUAUUAACUAUUGUUUCAAGCAUUUUCGUUGGUUUGUAUGGCUCAGCCGUAGUAUAUCAGGAAAGAUCUUUCAAGAGGGGUGUUGCUUAUGUGAUCGCUAUCGUUGCUGAAUUUGAUGAAUACACGAAUGAUUGGUUGUACCUUCGAGAGGGUUCUGUUUUCCCCAAGCCUAAAUACCGAAAGAAGAUGGUUCCUCAUGAACCACAUAUGUCAAUUAGUGGUAGUCUUCGCUCAUCAGAAGGAAAACACAAUGCAUUUUCUUUGCAUGCUCCUGGUGUAAUGGUGAUGCCUACCUUAUCGUCAUCAAGAUCCGUUAGGGAGGUCAUCAGGGAGGUUAAAAUGGUGCAGGUUUGGGGAAACCUCAUGCAAUCUUGUGAAAUAGUAGGAAAGGAACUACUCGAUGCCAACGUGAUUACCCAAGCAGAGCUUUAUGAUUGGUUAAAUGCCAAAAAAGGAAAUGACUCGCCCGUUGUUGGUUUGGGGCUAUCUUGUUACUCGUUCUUCCAAAAUCUUCUCCGCUCCAUAAAAGUUGGUUCUGAGGGUCUUGUGCUUCUUGAUGGGCUUGAAAUUACCCAAUUAAACCGGCCUCAAGACAAAUUAUUUGAAUGGUUCUUUCAUCCUAUAUUGGUUAUCAAAGAACAAAUUAGAGCGAUCCAGUUGAGUGAAGGUGAAAUCAAGUAUUUGGAGAAGGUAAUCCUUUUUGGAACCGAUCCUCAACGUAUGGAAUCUUGGGAUAAUGGAAGUAUUGUACCCGAAGACCCCGUUAGAGCAGCUCAAAUUCAAGGCAUUAGUAGAAGGCUGUUAGGACUAACACGUGGUGCGUCGAAGCUACCAACUUAUAGAAGAAGGUAUCGACAAGUGAUCAAGAACUUGAUCAUAUAUUGUGCCGCUAAGGAAGGAACAGGGAGAUCAAUGUCUAUGAGAUCGGUAGCUAGUGUGUAGGACUUGAGGAAGUUGCAAGUUUUGAUGUGGAUGAAAACGGGUUGUUCAUAUUCUUUUUUUCUUUGGUUUUUGUAGUCGAUGGCACUGUUUUGGUUGUACAAAAGCUCUUAGGUUUAAUUAGGGCUGAGAUCCACAUAUAGAAGAACUUGCUUCAGCAACCAUCCAUGGAUUUAUGAACUACAUACAAUCCUUGAUCUUUUGUGAGGGCCUUUUGCUUUAUAUUUUUGAACCAACUUUGCUUUGUA